CGACGCCAUGAAUCACGAAUAGCAAGCAAGGGAUCGCCUCAACUCGCGACUUGACCAGUGAGUGAGGGAUGUUCCCGCGCUUUCAGUCCUGCUGUCUCCCCUUCAGAUGGCUGCUUGUGUGAUUCUCUGCGGUCUUGGGCCAUAAUGAUGCCAAGCACGACCAGCGAGAGCUGGUUGCAUGUGCAAUCAUGUGCAGUCAUGAUUGCAGCGUGGCCCUUGGAAGCAGCAACGGCAGAAUCACAAUGUGAAUGCUCCUGAUAUAAGAAGCGAUUCGGAUUUGCCCUUAAAGGACUGUCCUAUUCACCCACUUCCCUCUUCCCGUCGUCGACAUCGAACAUCCAACCAUACAUCGAGCCCAUUUUUCCCCUUCGGUCUCUUUCAGACAGACAAGAUGCGCUUCAACCUCGCUAUCGCUGCUGCCUUGGCCCUUGUGCCCGCCGUAGUCUUGGCUCAAGGCAACACCGGUCCUGACGCUGGAACGGUUGUCAUCGUGGCUCCUGAUGGCACCAAUGCAGGCACUGUCAUCACGGCGCAGCCUACUCCCAGUGCCAGCGGGGGCGCAGGAUCUGAGGUGCCCACGCUGACGCCCACUGCAGGGGGUGGACCAGAUAGCACUACGACAAGCUCUGACGAGAGUUCGUCGGUAUCCACAACCACGACUUCCAGCUCUAGCACCAGCUCCACACCUACCUCCAGUACAAGUUCCACUUCCACUGCUUCUUCUACUUCCUCUUCCCCCAGAAGCCCCGAUGCUGCGGUCGGAAACAUUCAACUGAGUGGCGCUACCGCCCAGCUCGGUCUCGCCAUGGUUGGAGUUGUUCUCGGAGGUGCCUUUGUCCUCUGAGCUUCCUGGUGGAGCAAACUUUCCAAUGCAAGGUCGUCGCUGCCAGAGCAUGCUGGCUGUAUCGAACAUACCGGAACGCAAUCAGAAAGAUGGCGCAUCGCAAAUAUCAAUCACAG